AAUGGAAGAAGCCUGUGGACUCACGCACCCGUUGGAAUUCCAUACCCCCGGGUGGCACGCGGCCGCCAACACGCCCGUCGUCGACGGCAAGUACCUGGACCGGGCGACGGGCCAAGUUCGCACAGCAGCAGAUCACGUAGAGUACGAUGGCCCACCGGCAGUGGACAUCAUCAUCCGGAACGUUCACGAGAGCUCGGUUGAGUGCGUCUUCCGCGCUGCUCGGCCAUUUCCUCUGCGCGCGCUUCUGUGCCACAUGGCGCGCCUUCUCGAAGAGAAGAAUAUAGAGCUCGACUCGCUCUUUGCGGCGCCGUAUGCGAUUCGGGUCACCCUUGCGCACGAGUUCACACACGAAGAGUUCUACGACAUUGCUAUUGAGAUGGCGAAUGGUAUAUGGAGCAGGAAAUAA